CCUGCCCAGCCGGUGGAGUGCUCCUGGUUUCCUAUCUCGUCGUGGAGGGUCGCUGCUGACUGGGCGCUCGUGUUCAGGUUGUCAUGGCAAGUUACGAAUACGUGAGCCCGGAGCAGCUGGCUGGCUUUGAUAAGUACAAGUACAGAGCUGUGGUUACCAAUCCACUCUCUCUGUAUGUCAUGCACCCAUUUUGGAACACUGUAGUAAAGGUAUUUCCUACUUGGCUGGCUCCAAAUCUGAUAACCUUCUCUGGCUUUCUGCUGGUUGUGUUCAAUUUUCUACUUUUGGCAUACUUUGAUCCUGACUUUUAUGCUUCAGCACCAGGUCACAAGCAUGUACCCGACUGGGUCUGGAUUGUAGUGGGCAUCCUCAACUUCAUGGCCUACACUCUAGAUGGUGUGGACAGAGAGCAAGCCCGCAGAACCAAUUCCAGCACCCCACUGGGGGAGCUUUUUGACCAUGGCCUGGAUAGUUGGUCAUGUGUUUACUUUGUUGUCACCGUGUAUUCCAUUUUUGGACGAGGAUCAUCUGGUGUCAGUGUUUUUGUUCUUUAUCUCCUGCUAUGGGUAGUUUUGUUUUCUUUCAUCCUGUCUCACUGGGGAAAGUAUAGCACAGGGAUUCUUUUCCUGCCAUGGGGAUAUGACAUUAGCCAGGUGACUAUUUCUUUUGUCUACAUAGUGACUGCGGUUGUGGGAGUUGAGGCCUGGUAUGAACCUUUCCUGUUUAAUUUCUUAUAUAGAGACCUAUUCACUGCAAUGAUCUUUGGUUGUGCACUGUGCGUGACUCUUCCAAUGAGUUUGUUUAAUUUUUUCAGAAGCUAUAAAAAUAACACAUUGAAACACAAUUCAGUCUAUGAAGCUGUGGUUCCCUUCUUUUCUCCAUGUUUGCUAUUCAUUUUGUCUACAGCGUGGAUCCUCCUGUCACCUUCAGAUAUUUUAGAGUUACACCCUAGAGUGUUCUACUUAAUGGUUGGAACAGCCUUUGCCAACAGCACAUGUCAGCUGAUUGUUUGUCAAAUGAGCAGUACCCGGUGCCCGACUUUGAACUGGUUGCUGCUUCCUCUUUUUGUGAUUGUCAUGGUGGUGAAUGUAGGAGUAACCCCUUACGUUGAGAGCAUUCUCCUGUUUACGCUAAUGGCUGCUUUCACUUUGGCCCACGUCCAUUAUGGAGUACGAGUGGUAAAGCAGCUGAGCAACCAUUUUCACAUUUACCCCUUCUCAUUGAGAAAACCAAACUCGGAUUGACUAGGAGUAGAAGAAAAGAAUAUUGGCCUGUAAUCUACAGAAAGAAGUACUGUAAAUAAGAUGCUUGUAAAUAGUCAUCCAUCACCGUUGAACUAAACUGAUCUGCUUAACAGACAUGGGAACUCAGUGUGUGUGUGGUACUUGGACAGCAGGAAUGAUACAUAUCUGAACUUGUGGAAUAUUGGACCUAUUAACUCCCAGCUUACUUUUUUAUAAAACCAUGUGUUGUUUUGGUUAAACCUAAUAGCCCAGCAAAAUAUUCCUUGUAGCUUAGGAGUCCAUAAUGUUUUGGUUCAUACAGAGUUAAAGAUGCUUGGAUUUUAUUUUUCAAACCCUCAUAUUUGUUUAGGAACACUGAUAACAUUCAGAGGACCCAAUGUGUUUUCAUAUUUGGUACUUAGUAGUAAGUCUUUAGCUGUGGAAGCUAUCAGUACCCCAAAUCUAAUAUAGGGAAAAGAUAAGAGCAAGUCACUUUCAGC